AUGUCGGUUAUUCGCGAAGAAGAAUCGAGGAUCCAAUCCCAAAUCCCUCCCCAAUAUAUUGUUGCUCCUAAAAAGGCAAUUGAAGAAUAUAUCACCCUGGAUGCUGAAGAUGAGUCUCUUGUCAGAUGGAAAAAGUCCUUGGGCUUGAAUGUCGACAACUACAACGGUGUUAAUUCCAUUGGUGAUCCCACCGACAAGAGAAAACUAGUCGUGGUCCACAUCAAAGUCGCUGUUGAAGGAAGAGACCCUGUAUUCCUUAAUACCGAGAACGAGUCGGAAAUCAAGAAUUUUGGUAAAAACCCUGUAGCGGCAAUUGAACAUGCCAAGUUCAAGAUUACUAUCAGAUUUAGAAUCCAGCAUGAGAUUCUUACUGGUUUGAGAUACUAUCAAACGGCAAAGAGAGGUGGUAUUACCAUGUCCAAGACUGAUCACACUUUAGGUGCUUACCCACCUAAUACUCCUGACAAGCCUUACUACGAGGUAUCUUUACCCGAAGGUGAAGCCCCUGGUGGUCUACUUGCUAGAGGUUCAUACUCGUGUUCAACUACUUUUUACGACGAUGAUAAAGUCAGUCACUUGACAAUUCCUUGGAAGCUCAUGAUUGUCAAGCGAGAGAAAUGA